AAAAGACACUAUGGUCUAUAAAUGCAAACCCUUGCCUGCCUUUCCUUCACACUCGAAUAUAUACAUACACACACAUCCCACAAUACACUCAUAUUACUCUCACUCUCUCUCGGUUAUACUCACAGACAAACCCACAAAAAAAUUUAGAGCACACACUUCAAACUAGCACAAGGCCAAACACCCCCCUUGAUCCUCCUUCUUUCUCUCGGUCCAGGUAACUUGAGCCGGGUAUGGCGAGCUCCGGCACCGUUCAAGCUCUGGCAAACACCUCAGCCUCUCAUACCCCCCCCCUUUUUGAUUAUCGGCUGCCACCACCCGAUGGUGGUGGCGUACGGCGGCUGCAAGACGAAGAAAGAGAGAGGCGAUGAGACAGAGAGGCAGCGAAGAGGGAGAACCAGCGGUGGUGGUUGUGACCGGUCGUCCCCGUCUCGGACCGGUGGUUCUUUACUCGGACCGGCGGUCGAUACUUUUAUCCGGCGGCUACAAAUUGGGAGAAGAGAGAGAGAGAGGAACGAGAUGAAGAGAGAGAGGGCGACGGAACAGCAGAGAACCACCGGCGGCGGCGGCGGCGCCUGUGACGGCGACGGCAAAUCUCCGGCUUGUCUGGUUUUUCUGGUGAGAAUCGGCUCGGUUCAGUUCAGGUGGUGGAGAUUAUGCUUAGUGACUAUGUUUUGGUUCAGAGCGGUUCUAGUGAAAACUAUGGUUUGGGUUUUUCAAGCAACGUCUAGGGUUCGGGCCAGUUCAUUCUUCGGGUCGCGACAGAAUCUCGGGUUCGGGCAUCGGGUUGACUCGGUCAAACCGAGUCAACUCAGUCAACCCUGGUCAACGUAGUGAGUCAACUCGGCCAACUCAGACCCGGUCAACUCGGUCCGCGAUUCGACGCGAGAGAUUUGGUAAACAAUUUAGCGUCGCGAAUUAUAUUUACAUUCUUUUAUUUAUUUCGUGAAAACGAGCUCGGACCAACUUAAUUGACGAAUUAUUUACUUGGAUUUAUUUCCUACUUUGUUUAUAUAAAUCGAUCAUACAUAUACAUUGUUUGAUUAUAUUGUUGAAUCUUGAUAAUACAAUGACACCUAGUGUUGUCGGGGCGUCCAAAAACAGAGGAAACUCUGCCCGUUUUUCGAGA